UUGCAGAUGAUGUAUUAUACAUAUUACUCGUUUUGACCUCAUUACGCUUGAUAAUCAGUAGUAUCAAUAAAAUUCUAAUCUCUAACGAGUAGAGUCUCAGCCGUUGUCUACAAUGCAUGUGUUGAAAUUCGCUGCACUUGCAAUUGUUUUUGUUGUAGGCGAAUCUGAUGCAUUGAUAAAGAAACAAGGAGCAAAAUGUGGACCAAACAGAAUGGAACGAACUGCAGACGAAGUGGUUAGCGUUUGGCCUUGGCAUGUAGCGUUGUACAAUUCAACGAUGGAUUACAUUGCUGGUGGUUCGAUCAUCAACGUUUGGUUCGUUUUGACGGCAGCUCAUGCAACGUUCCACGAUGGAAGAACACCGAUGCAACCGGACGAACUGGCCAUUUUGGCUGGAUUUAGAGAUUUGCGGGAUUUUUCCGAUGAUGCUCAGGAGUACGAGGUGGGGGAGAUUAUUCGUUAUCCACUCUAUAACCUUCGAACACGGAUGCACGAUGUCGCUUUGCUAAGAGUGAGCACCGAAAUAGAGUUGAACUUUCACGUUGCUCCAAUAUGUUUGUGGCCCGAAGGAGGUCCCACUUUGGAACUUCUCGCCCACCAGCAAGAACAAGGAACCGUGGUUGGAUGGGGCCUUUCAGUUAAUGGGACGUUUUCUAAUGUUUUGAGAGAAACCAGUCUUUCUUUGAUAGGGUUCGAGAGUUGUGCCGAACAUACAAAGUCGUUUCAACCUUUGUUGGCAAAAGGCAAAAAUUUCUGCGCUGGAAAUCGAGGAGGAGCAAGUGUUUGCAAAGGAGACAGUGGUGGAGGAAUGCAUUUUCUAAUCGACGGAAUUUGGUACAUAAGAGGUAUUGUUAAUCAAGGAACCCCAACGCAGGACACUCGGUAUCUUUGCGACCCCAGGAAGGAUGUACUGUUCAUGGAUGUCACCUAUUAUCGGAAGUGGAUCGAACGGCACGCGGCACCCGAGCGACAUAAUCUGUUGGCAUUGAGCGAAUGUGGGAUGGGUUAUUACGAUGAGACGAAUGUGAGACACAACAAGUUUGUUCAAUCCGAGCGACAUCCGUGGAUAGCACAUUUGUACUACUCGUAUCAAAAUCGAAUCAACGUGAGUGACUGCCAUGGGGUGUUGAUACAUCCAGAGUUUGUACUCGCUCCUGCCAGAUGUGUAAGCCACAACCCUGAUCGGAAAUUACUGCAAGUGAUACUUGGUGAAGAGUUGAUAGGUCCUGAUCCAUCCAGUUUGGAUUAUAACUUUCAAGCAAUAAAAGUUUCUGAAGUCUUCAUGGAUGGCCGAUUCGAUGUUGAGAAAUAUGGAUACGAUGUCAGUAUUUUGCAUUUGGCUCGAAGUGUAGAAAUAGGAAAUAAUAGCCGUCCGGUUUGCCUUCCAUCCUUAUAUGAGCAAUCUCCGUAUUUCAACCUGGCGGCAUGGUAUCGUCGUGACAACCAUCCCAAGGAGCUGAAAUCCGUCCUCAUGAGACCGAUUCGGUUCAACUUCUGCAGUGCUCAAUACAGAGCAUACCACAUCAACAUCACCGAACAGGACCGACUUAACUGUUUUCAGCAUUGUGAAAUGUCCGAAAUAGUGCAAUCAGAUGGUACCCACAGUUGUGAGUACAGUGAGGAAACACUGUGCAGAACACCGAUUUCCGGAGCGCCAUUGUUCUACACAAAACACGACGGUAUAAACACGUACACGUACCUUUUCGGGAUGAGGUCGUUUGGAGUUGCAAAUUGCUCUGCAAAGAUGAGUGAAGUCUUUAGCGAUGUCAUUGGGAUGGGAAAAUGGAUUAAGCAUAUGGUUAGGAAGCACACACGAUCUAGUACUGUUGCAAGGUUGGGAUAGGUUUAAACUUCAAGGAAAACACUUCUUGAAUGCCCAAUUGGCCGUCCCUUAUUUAACAAAAAAAAUGGAAAUGUUAUAAGUUCGUGAUGGAAAGUUAUCGUUUUAGGUAAGAAAUGAUCGUAUCAAAAUUUGGGAAUCUCCGUCAAGUGAAAAACUAGUGUAAAAGAACAUUGAAAGCAUAUGAUGGAAAUGUUUAGUGAGUAUGGUGAAAUCUCGAGUGAAAUUGAUGUAAUUCUGGUUUGGAAUGCAGACGUACUCAAGUGGUGUGAAACGAUAUGGAACCUGACAUGAGUGCUGAAGAUAGUGUGGUUAGCGGUGGGUAGUUUGAAGAAGAAUCUAUGUUGUGCAAGUAUUCUGUUUGCUAUCUUGGUGUUGGAAUACAGAAUAAAUUCUGAGAAGAAAAAAAAAUAAAUGGCCAGAGGAGAAUGUAACUUGUUUUCUUAAUUGGCGAUUUUCAAACUCAA